CACCCACGCUACUUGCACACUCCCGCCGGGCUGUCAGUACGCGCUGCUCCAUCCCUGCGUCCUCUGCGCUUCGCGUCCAGCUGCGCGCACAUCUGAGCUCCGAAUCAGGACCGAAGCGGAACCCGCCGGAACGAGUGGAGAGCAGGAGGAGACCGAAUAUGGCCUCUAAAGCAAUGGCGAGUCUGAAACUGUCGCAAGAUCAGAUUCAUAUCCUGGAGGAAAAUUUCAACAAAGUCAGCAAGCAUCCGGACAGCACGACGCUCAUGCUGAUCGCGGCGGAGUGCGGACUGUCAGAGGAGGAAACGCAGAAAUGGUUCACGCUACGUAACGCACAGUGGAGGCAGUCUGAGGGUCUUCCGGCUGAACAGGGAUCCGUGUUGGACUGAGAUUUUCCGACCACCUUUUUGGGAUGCAGGGAGCUCCUUCCUCCUGGACAAGCUGACUUCCCCUCCUCUUCCUCACACACUUCCCCCUCUGUUUCUUUUUUGUAUCUUUGAAGCUGUUUUAUCUUACAGAAUGUGAAGGUGUUUGUGUGUUGCUGCCAAUAUAUCUGCCAUGUUUACAGAAAUAAACAGAUUGUUAUUGUAAGUUAAACAAUGCCUUGGAGCGUGUUUUGCUGCUACUGUACAUGCUGGAUUCAAAUUCACUGAGGGAGCCGGGUUAUACAAUGGUGGGCUGUGGUUUGAAAGGGAUGGAGGGCAUUGUUUGGUGAGUUUACAUGCAAGUCUGUCAGCAGGGACCGGAGCUGGACGCAGAGCUGUUUACCCGACUAUAAAAGAUGUAGGAAGCGCUGGGUUUACAAUAGAUGCUGCUGCUAUCCAGGAACUUCUGUGGACGAACAUGGAACAUUUCCAAUAUAGAGAGAGGGGCGCUAAGAGGAGAGGAGGGAGCAGGACAUGACCGAACCCAGUGGCAUUGUGGGCUGAACAAAUGGCAGGUGAUGUAAUUUCAUUGUCCCUUUUUUUCCUGCAUAACUGAGUGCAGUAAAAGAAGCUGUGAACUUGCCAGAAAGUUGGAGCUUUAAUCCUCAAAAUGGGCCCACUUUAAAGGAUGAAGCUGCCAGUGGUAUGUAUUUCACUUACUCUAAACACGUCCCAUUAAAAACAACCAAAAUCAGUAUGGUUUGGAAUACGGAGAUCCAUUACUGCCAAAAAACGCAUCAAUGAGUCAUGCUCCUGUACUACAGGUUUCUCUAUUACUUUGAGCAGUUUAGCUUACCUGAAUACCUACAAGAAUACCAAAUGUGUAUUAAUCCACCCCUGAAAAUAGUCCAGUACUAUAUUCUUCCAGAUUUUUGAGCGCUUGUGGGGCUCAGAGCAGUUCAGUCAUUUUAAUGGGAUUUGUUAACAGUGAGAAAAAUAAAGAGCAGCACCACAUAUUACCACAUGUAGCAGUACAUAUUUGUUUACAUCUUGAAAAAUGGAAGUGUAUAUGCAAAUGGUAAAAAGCGGUUUUUCCAUUUGUCCUGUCAGAGUAUCUAUAUCUCAUGAGGCCCUGCUUCUUUUUUUUUUUUGGCUGAAAAUUAUCAUUUAAAAUAAAGUUGUAAACAAAUAUAAAACAUAGAUACCAUUGCUGUUGUCUCUAUUUCUUUUUAAUUUUUAUUUAUUGUUGUCUUUGGUCUUUAUUGUUGGCGAAAUCAAGUGUUGCUUUUUAGAAAGGCUCAGCUUCAGCCUACAGCUUUUUGGUCAAGAGUUUGUAUUCUUUCAAUUAAAUUCUUUGCUGUCACUUGAC